AUGACAGAGGACAAUUUCCCUAGGGUUUCAUCUUCUGAAUCUAUCGAUUCUUCAUCGACGAAGCAGAGAAAAAAGAGGAAGUGGGAUCAGCCUGCUGAGUCAUUGUGUUCAUCUGGAGUAGCAGCUCCUGGUCUUCUUCCAUUACCAAACUUGGGAUCCCUUCCUGGAGUUGCAUUACCUGGUUGCGCAACUAUUCUGCCUGUUAUCCAGUUGCCUUUACAGCAGCAUGCGACUGCCAUUGCCCAAAAAAUAAAUCAGCCUAAGAUCCAAGAUGAACUGAUAGCACGAGAAAUUGUUAUCAAUGAUGCUGAUUCUACUGUGCGCUAUAAGCUCACAAAACGCCAGACCCAGGAAGAGAUUCAGAAGUGUACGGGUGCCAUAGUAAUUACUAGAGGCAAAUACAGACCCCCAAAUGCACCUGCUGAUGGUGAAAAACCAUUGUAUCUUCAUAUAUCUGCUGCGGCUCAUUUGGAAACAACAGCAGAACGGAUCAAGGCAGUUGAUCAUGCAGCUGCAAUGGUGGAAGAAAUGCUCAAGCAUGGGUCUUUCAGCAAUACCAUGAAUUUGUCUUUUUUUGAUCAGGUCAAUCCCUCACUGAGUGCUUGUGUGUUUUUGGGCUUUGAAGCAGAUCCCUCUCUGAAUAUUGCUGCUCGAAUUCGUGGACCAAAUGACCAGUAUGUAAAUCACAUCAUGAAUGAAACGGGAGCAACAGUUUUGCUAAGAGGACGCGGUUCAGGAUAUUGUGAUAGUGUACAGGAUGAUGAAGGUCAACAACCAUUGCAUUUACUUUUGUGCAGUAAUGCAAAAAGUCUUGAACGUGCUAAGCUCCUUGCUGAGAACCUUUUGGACACAAUCAGUGCAGAGUUUGGUGCAUCAAGGGUUUCCUCAUCUAAAGUUUAUGGUGCUGUUCCUCCGCCACCACAGUUACUUGCUGGAGUUCAGAGUUCCUUGGAUGAGUCAAACCCAAGUGCCACGUCUGCCAGCUUGACGGCAUCAGCUGCACGGUCCAUUCCAUCAACAGUUUCAUCAAUCUCAAUUCCUGGUGCAUCUAGUAUUGCUUCUCAAGGGCCUGUACCACAUGCUGGAUGCUCAAAUCCUGCAUCUGGGCUGUCUCAUGCGAUUACUGGUGGUUAUUCCCAGUCUUCAUUGACUGGUGGGACGAGCUAUAAUGGUUAUGAUGGAAUAUAUCCCCAAGCAACACCUUUGCAACAAGUUGCCUUGGCCCUUAGGCAGUCAACUUCACCAGUUACUAUUGUAGCUCCUGCUGUUACAACUGCGAGCACAGCAUCAUACACAAGUACGUGCUCCUCAUCAGAGAAGGAUAAGCGCUCUUCACAGAAAAGAAAGUUUCAGGAAUUACCAGCAGUAGUUAAAAGCCUAGCAAAUACAAACCAGGGAUCAGAACUUGCAGAGCCAUGUGAACAAACAUCAGAUAUACAUGGAAAAGAUAUUAAAAGGUUGGUGCAGACAUCAGCAAAUGGAAUAAUUCCAACCUCUCCAAGAACAAUGCCCCCGCCAACAAUGCUGCCACCCCCACCAAAAUUUACUACAUCAAGACCUGGAAUUUAUGGUGGCAACAGCAUCAAAAUGGCUUGAAAUCUGAAAGUGUACCUGAUACAUUAAUCAAGUUAAUGGAAUAUGGGGAUGAGGAUGAGGAUGAUGAUCUUGGUGAACCAAAUGAAGACUCCAUCAAAAGAUGCUCCAGUACUUUGGUGGCUCCAAAACCAUUCUGGCUGUCUGAAUCGUAUGUAGCAUCAUUGUCUGGCCUCCCAUGGAGAUUUUGGCUGCAUAUUCUUCUUGAUGCUGUAGGCUCUUAUGCGGAAUUUCAGUUUUAGAAUGUGGUAAAAUUUUGGUAUACUUCAUGUUCUGUGCAAUUUUGUAGCUCUAUUUCAUUUUUUUUUUGGGUGGAAUUCUUGAAGAUCUGUUGUGCUAAUGCGUCACUUUCUUACAAAGAAUGGAUACGGUGUAAUAGAGAUUAUCCAGUUUUAUUUCCGGGAAGGUUCUUGUAGUAGAUUUGUUGAUCAUGUCACUGAGGCAGCAAAAUCAAGACUUCAAAUGAAUCAACAACAGCUAGAGGUAUUGAAAAACCGGCAGCGCCAUUUGGAAAGUUAA